UCAGAUCACAAAUAAAAUAAAGUAUGGAAAUUGAAUCAAACACUGAGACUUCCGGUAAUUCAGAGAAUGGGGAGAUCCUGUGCCUACCUGGCCAACGAAUUUGUCUGUCAGAAGAAACCACGGUAACUGGUCAAGGCACUUAUGAACGUGGCGGAUACAUAUACGCUACGUUGGCUGGUACUGUACAAGUUAAAGAAAAGGACAAGUGUAAAUAUAUAGAAGUAAAAUGUGCUGGGAGCCAAACUAUUGUACCUGUUGCAGGCGAUGUGAUAACGGCGCGUGUUCUGCAAGUAAACCAACGAUUUGCUAAAUGUUCCAUAAUAUGCAUUGGUGAUCACAUACUUGAACGGACAUAUCGAGGAAUAGUGCGCAAAGAAGAUGUGCGUGCUACAGAGAAAGACCGCGUUGAGAUGUAUAAAUCAUUUCGCCCAGGGGAUGUAAUACUAGCUAGAGUGUUGCCUCAAACUGAGUUGUCCUGCUACCAACUGAGUACCGCAGAAAACGAAUUAGGUGUAGUCGUUGCAACAUCUAGCGAAAGCGGACCAAACGGUCCCCCUAUGGUGCCCGUUGGUUGGACGGAAAUGCAAUGCCCAAAUACCCUUGCAAAAGAACCACGUAAAGUAGCAAAAAUUGUUGCUGAAAGCUCACUAAAAACCGAACAAGUGUUACAGUAGAAUGAAGAGUAGUUAUAAUCUUUAAAAUCACAAGCAUUAAUUUAGCCAAUAUUGCUAAGUAUUUUUUUUUAAAUGAAUGUUACGAAUUGUUCGUAAUUUAAAUAAGAGAAAUAAAUUUUUACGGUUGCAACAGUAGGA